UAACCAUAAAGCGCGUGGGAUCGGCUGCCUGCGGCGCUCCCAUUAGCGGCGCUCGGUUCGUCAACCCAACUUCUCCGUCCCCAUUAGCAGCAAAAACGAAACCCUUAGAGAGAGAGAGAGAGAGCGAGAAGAUAGAUUGGUUGUUAAUGGCGGGAGGCUCGGUGGCGUCGUCGUGGGGAGUGAGCCCUGGCCUGGUGAGGGCCGUCCUCUUGUUGAUGGGGCUGGGAGUCGCCGGAUACAUAGUCGGACCCCCUCUAUAUUGGCACCUCGCCGAAGCCCUCGGCCGCUCCUCCGCUUGCUCCCCUUGCAUCUGCGACUGCUCCUCCCAGCCCCUCCUCUCCAUCCCCGAAGUGUUAAGCAAUGCCUCGUUUACAGAUUGUGCAAAACGUGACCCUGAGGUUAGUGAAGAAAUGGAUAAGAAUUUUACGGACCUCCUUUCAGAGGAAUUAAAGUUAAAAGAAGAAGAGGCAACAGAAGCACAUCAUCAUGCUGAUGCAACAUUGCUUGAGGCCAAAAAAUUGGCAUCGCAGUAUCAAAAGGAGGCUGACAAGUGCAAUUCAGGAAUGGAUACCUGUGAGGAAGCAAGAGAAAGAGCAGAGACUGCACUGUUAGCACAAAAGAGAUUGACUGCAAUGUGGGAAAUGAGGGCUCGGCAACGAGGAUGGAAGUUAGGGAGUGCCAAGUCUCGAUGACAAAUUUGUUGUUCAGUGCAGACUUUGAUUUAUGGAACAUAAUGCACGAUAUUUAGUAAAAGAAAUCAGCUGGAAUUCUCAGUGAAGUUGCUUCUCAAAGAGGGCAGCACUAAUGAGGAAGGGGUCGUUAGAUAUCACUCAUUGGAGUAGGAUCUGCAACAUCCUUUUUCUCAAUAUUGUUUGAUAUAAAUUGUGGAAUGGUAUUUUGAUACCUGAUGGAAGCUUGUUUGUGCAUAAUGAGGCCUACUGUGUAUUUCACGUUUGGAUCUCAUUUGAUUACAUUGUAUUGGUUAAGAAGACAGACUUUCCAAUUGAAAUCAUGAAAUAAUUUUCAAUUGUCUUGUGCUCCUA